AUGCCCUCUUCAAGUCGAGAUCAACUGCUCGCCGCCGCCCAAGCGUUUUGCAACGCCUUUGCAGAUCACAAACCGCCCGAGGAGAUCUUGGGCCAUUUCUCCGCGUCGGACGACAUUCUCGCCCUUGAACAUGGCUUACCAGAGUUAGCCCCAUUCUUGGGCCGCGAAUUUCGUGGACAAAAUGGCAUUCGGGAGUAUUCUCAACUCCUAUCCUCAACCUUGAGCUAUGAGGAGAUGCGAUUUUGCGACUUCGUCGUCGAUCCAGAGGUCUCGAAGGUAUCGGUGCGCGGAAAAGCUAGGUUCACUUGGACAAGCACAGGUCAAAGUUGGGACGAAGUCUUCACGUACGUUCUCGAGUUUGAUGACAACGACAAGGUCAAAGUAUAUGAGAUUUGGGCCGACUCCGGCGCCGCAUACUUGGCCAGUAAAGGCCGACUUAAAUCAUGA